AUGGAUUCGAAAUGCAAGGCGUUGGACAGCCACCUCCAGUACACGGUGGGCUGGCUUGCGCCGUUGCCGAUCGAACGCGCCGCUGCCGAAGCCCUACUCGACGAAAAACACGAUCAGCCUCGCGGUUUUCAACAGCCUGAGAACGACCCCUCCUCGUACUCGUGGGGCAAUAUCGGACAACACAAUAUUGUGAUCGCAUCAUUGAGAUCCGGAGUAUACGGCACGAACACGGCAGCGACCACGGCGAGUUGCAUGCUGUCAACAUUCCCCUCGAUUAGAUUCGGCCUGCUCGUUGGCAUCGGAGGUGGAAUUGCUCGUCCUUAUGAUGGCAAAGAUAUUCGUCUUGGUGACAUAGUCGUCAGCGCUCCCGGUGGGAGCACUGGUGGAGUCGUAAAUUACGACUUGAUGAAAGCCAAAGCCGACGGCAAAGAACUGAAAGGCUUCCUCAACUCACCGCCGCCUCUCCUUCUCCACGCAGUCGCAAACCUGCAAAGCCGGCACGAACAGGAACCGUCCGCAGUACCGCAAAUCUUGGCAGAAAUGAGAGAGCAGAACCCUUUUAUGUUCACCAAGCGGAACAAUAACCCAGGAUUUGGAUACCAAGGCUCCGAAAAUGACCGCUUGUUUGAGCCGUCCUACAUUCAUGUUGGCGGACGAGACUGCAAGAAGUGUUCCAGUGAGAAUGAGGUGGUCCGCGAGCCACGAGACAUCCCUGAAGAACCGGAGAUUCACUACGGUGUCAUUGCAUCGGGGAACACACUUGUCAAGGACGCAGAUGAGCAACAGGAACUGCUCAAUCGUAUCUCAUCCUUGUCGGACGACUGCAUGUGCCUGGAAAUGGAGGCCGCAGGCCUCAUGAACGACUUUCCCUGCUUGGUCAUCAGAGGAAUCUGUGAUUAUGCUGAUUCUCACAAGAAUGAUCGAUGGCAACGGUAUGCAGCAGCCACCGCAGCUGCAUUUGCAAAAGAACUGCUUGGUGUUGUUCGAUCAAGAAAGGUCGAGGAGAUGCAAAAAGCCAAGAAUGUCAUGAAAUCUCUUCAAAACAGUUAG